GUCAACCAGUCUGGCAACACCGCGCGGUACGUGGCUUCGAAAACAAUUUUAUAAGAAAAGCUAAACAAAUUAUGUACAAUUCGCUUGAAAACAUUUAGUUUUUAAAUAGGGGUGGACAUCAGACGGAUUAGAGGAGCACAAAAGGCUAUAUGAACUAACUCACCAAACAUCAAGCAUCACCAUCAACCUGCAUACUCACAAACAGAUCCCAAUGAUUCCAAGGAUACAGUGAGGCAACAUAUAAUUACUAGCACUAUGAAUAACGUACAGAGUGCCCCUAAUGGUGGGCAAGGGGGCGUGGCCGUAGGCGUCGGCAUCAAGACGGCCCGGAGUAACAUCUUUAAUGUGGAUGGACUGCCGCAGCAGAUGGCCGCCAUGAGUGUAGAUUACUCCAGCAUCCGGGCUAAGGAUGUCCUGGUUCAGCCCAGCGAUGAGCAAUUGGAGCUGCUCCAGAAGCGACUUCAGGAUCGCAUAGCCGACAAUUGUGGGGAGACCAUCUAUGAGAUUGGCGUGGGCGAGGAUGGCAGCGACAAUGGCCUGAACCCUGAGCAGUUUGAGGCUUCCGUAGCGACGCUACAUCUUCUGGCAGCCAACAUAGAUGCGGAUGUGGUGAAACUGCGUGAGCGGCGGGCAGAGAAGGGCCAAUCGGCGCAAUUUCUUAUACGGAAGCAUAUCGAGACAACUGACUUUAUGGAGAUAAGGGUGGCCGUUGUGGGCAAUGUGGACGCUGGCAAAUCCACGCUGUUAGGCGUGCUCACUCAUGGGGAGUUGGACAAUGGUCGGGGACAUGCCCGGCAACGACUGUUCCGCCACAAGCACGAAAUCGAGAGUGGACGUACGAGCUCUGUAGGUAACGACAUUCUUGGCUUUGAUGGGGUGGGCAAUGUGGUUAACAAGCCGGACCACGGCCACCUAGACUGGGUAAAGAUCUGUGAGAACUCGGCCAAGGUAAUUACGUUCAUCGAUCUGGCAGGGCACGAGCGCUACCUAAAAACCACCGUCUUCGGCAUGACAGGACAUGCUCCUGACUUUGGCAUGCUAAUGAUUGGUGCAAACGCUGGCAUCAUAGGCAUGACCAAAGAGCAUCUGGGUCUGGCCCUAGCCCUAGCCGUGCCCGUGUUUGUGGUUGUCACUAAAAUUGACAUGUGCCCAGCUAACGUUCUGCAGGACAACAUGAAGCUGCUGUUCAAGAUGCUCAAAUCACAAGGCUGCCGAAAGGUGCCGGUAGUGGUUCGUUCGCACGACGAUGUCGUGCUGAGUGCUACGAAUUUCGUUAGCGAGCGUCUGUGCCCCAUUUUCCAGGUGUCGAAUGUCACCGGUGAUAAUCUAGAGCUGCUCAAGAUGUUCCUUAACCUGUUAAGCACACGAAUGGCCGGCUCAGAGAGUCUGCCUGCCGAGUUUCAAAUUGACGAUGUAUAUUCGGUGCCUGGUGUUGGCACAGUGGUCUCUGGCACUUGUCUUCAGGGCACUAUCCGGCUAAACGACGGCCUGAUGCUGGGUCCAGAUGCUGUGGGUGGAUUCGUGCCAAUCACCAUUAAGAGUAUCCAUCGUAAGCGGAUGAAUGUGGCACGCGUGCGCUGUGGCCAAACGGCAAGUUUUGCACUGAAAAAGAUCAAGCGCGCCUAUCUGCGCAAGGGCAUGGUGAUGGUGUCACAGGAUCUCAAACCGCAGGCUUGCUGGGAGUUCGAGGGUGAGAUACUUGUACUACACCAUCCGACGACGAUAUCGGCCCGCUACCAGGCCAUGGUUCACUGCGGCAGUAUCCGACAGACGGCCUCCAUCAUUCACAUGUCCCGGGAUUGUUUGCGAACUGGCGACAAGGCACACGUUAAGUUCCGGUUCAUCAAGCAGCCGGAGUACAUACGCGCUGGUCAACGACUGGUCUUCCGUGAGGGACGCACUAAGGCGGUGGGUAACAUCCUACGUCCGCUACCAAAUGCAGCCGCUUCCCCUUAUCGCCCCAAGCCCGCCAAGAUGCAAUCGCGUUCCCAGAACGGCGGCAGCAAUGGCAGCAAUAAUCAGCACCGCCAGCAGGGCCAGGGCAGCUCGGCGGCAGCGGGAUGUAGUAAGGAUGCCGGUGACGACAAGCAGAACGGUGACAAGCGCGAGGGCGGCAGUCGGCGUGGCGGCAAGCGGAAACGAAAUAACCGGCCGACUCCGCCUGGUGGUGGUGCAGGCCAAUCCAAUGGCUCGUCCGGUUUGGGACUGCCCCUGGGCGAAAUUUCCUCGUCAUCCUCCGCUGAUGCCGCGUCGGCGGGGCUCACAGACUAAGACCGUCUCCAAAUUUUGUUCUUUCUAGUUUUUUAAGCUAAAGUAUUUUUGAAAUCCUUAAAGUGAAUUGGCAGAACCUAAUUAUUUUUCCUACUCUUCUGCCCGAAAUCCUGAUCUGAAGGGGCGCUUGCUCCAAUAAAUUAUUCCGUGUCCCGUUCUCGUCCACUGUACAUUGUGCGGAAUGCCAAACCGAA